AUGGAUGCAUUCGUUCAAAGAAAGGCCCCUCCUGAACGCCAUCAGUCACCAUCGGCAAACGGCAGCAGGGCCCAGAUUAGACAUGCCCCACCCUCUAUCCAACCCCCGGCUAAGAGGGUGAAGCUUGAAAUUUCGGACACAGAUGACGAUGACGAGUCUGAUCAGGCGCCAAUCGAUAGAAAGCCACCACGAGUCGCUGGUAUUCAGAGGGAGGAUACUGUUACUUCUGUCUUCGAGGAUGCUCAGUCUGAGGACGAUGCCCAGAGUGCCCGGCCAACUGCGAUUGAGAGCUGCCUACCCGAGAUCAAGCCGGACAAAAAGGCUCUCGAAGAAUAUGAGACCUUCAGAUCGUCCCAAGGCGAUCAAUCUGGUGGUGCGGCGUCGAGGUUUGUUAAGGGAAACUGGGUGAAAGGCAAAAGCUCACUUUACGUUGAUGCUUUCAACCUCGCCCUGACUACUGUCCUGGACGAUGAAUCCCAUCUAUUCGAUGAGAAAGAGUUAAAUCUUUUCGAACAGUGGGGCAAUUUGAGCUAUGAGGCUCAAUACUUAUAUGUGCGCUUGUUCCUCAGGAAAUCUGCUUCAUGGCAUCGUAUUUGGCGCUUAGGUUACUACAAUGACAUAUCAGAUACGGAGAGUGCUGUUCGCGAGCUGCAAGAGACUCGAGCUCUUCCGUCACUCUCGUCAAAUUCCCAGUCAGGCCCUGAGAACGCGUGUGCCAAGUUUGCGCAAGAAGAGUUCAAUCUGGAAGAAACUUUUCAUUUUGCUGACAAUUCAGAUGAUUAUAUCAAUACGGUUGAGGAGGCCAUCUCGCUUCUAAACCUCGAUGAACUUAAAGGCCUUGCCAAAGAGGCCAAAGUUCAGGGGAAGAAUAAAGCGGACUUCAUGAAGUCAAUUACUAAAAUGAGCUACCAGCAAGCUGGUUUGCUGUCUUUCGGCGUACGACGCUCCAAUACGCAUGACUCGACUGGACCAAGCGAGGAUGGGACACCAGAGGGGGAAUCCCCUGGGCCAGCCACUGCGGCUGAUUCCAAUAGACAGAAGCAUUUUCUGGACAAGACGAUGGCCAUCGCUGGUCCUUGUAUCAGACUCUCUCUUCCCGUUUUUAAACUGUUCGAACGAGUUCAUUUGGUAUUCUAUCGGUCUGCUGAGUGGACAGAGAAGUCUCUAACGACGAUUAUUCUCGCAAAGAUUUCACGGCGGAACUUUCCAGAGUAUAUCGUCAGCAGGUCUGCCAAUAUCUUUGCAUCACGGACUCACUUACUGGAGUUCGAGAUGGCGACGAGGACCGAGUUUGCAAUCGACAACAUCCUUGAGUUCAACGGACCAGUUGGCGAAGCAGACUUUCGCAAGGUCCUUGACAUCUUUGACGGGAUAUACCCUCGGUGGCAGCACCUCUUGAAAGAGGAGAAAGACAAGGAAGCAAGGAUAUAUGAGUCGGGUGAAGGUGCGUAUUUGAGACGAUUUUCGCCCGUCCACCCGUACACUCGGAUUGUCCACAAAGCUGCGCAGGUUUUUGGUCGCUUGAAGGAACACAAAAGGGAACACUCCUUGCUGCUUGAGUUGCUGGAUCAGCGAUUGUUUCACCUUUCGCGACGCGGCUCUUGGUAUCAGCGGAAAGCACUGUUGGAAGAACACUACAUGUUCGCCCUAGAGCCAGAUCCGGCUUAUACGGAUCCAGAGACGCAGAAGAAACAUUGGAAGAGGAUCGCCGUGGCGACCUGCGAAACCGCGCUGGAGGAUCGCGAUUGCCAUCUGAAGUACCAUCACGAUCUUCAGAAACGACUUCUCAAACUCGAGAAGCAGCUGAAUAUCCCGCGGCGUGAACAACACGACUUUGGCCACGUUCGCUUGAGAAAGCCAGAGGAACACAUGGUGGAGGGUAUCCAGAUCAAGAACGAUGGCCUUGUUGGAAAGAAGGGCCGAGCGGCAAGCACCAAAACGGUUUGGGUUGAUGAGGCAGAAGGAGGAGGGGAGUGCACUGUUGAGGCUAUGUGCCUCAGUUGGUACCGUGGCCAAGGAUGGAAAGGUUAUCACGCUGAAGGUGGAAUCAUACGGACACUUUUCGCCUACCUAUUCUUCGAUAUUCUCUUUGCCUACGUCCCCAAUGUCUUCCAGACGGCAUACCAGACCUGCCCACUGGAUUUGUUCACGGACUCUUUUUACCCAACCAGGGCUUCCGAGAUCAAUCACCGAUUGGUCGACAUUGCCAAUGGAGGAGCAGCGCGCUUAGUCGAGGAGGUUGACUCGCGAGAAAGAGAGAACCGGACCUGUGUGGUUGGCUUGAACUGGGAUUAUGAGCUGCCCGACCUUGUCGAGUUGGUCCGUUGCUUUGAUAAUGCAGCACUUGCUAUCGUGUGCAAAAUCAUGGCUCAGGAGUAUGGGCAAAGAGGAGGGGGUCUCCCAGAUCUGAUCCUGUGGAGGACCGAGCCUGACAAUGAAGUCAUGUUUGCCGAGGUCAAGAGCGCCAAUGACCGUCUCAGUGACACCCAGAGACUCUGGAUAGACGUGUUGACCGGAGCCGGCGUGAGAGUGGCACUUACCAAUGCAGUAGCGAAGAAUAGCAAGGAAGCGUAA